UGGCACUGAUCCCAGAUGAGUUUCUCCUAUUGAUUUCGGGACCACAGAUGCUGCUGCUGAGGAGGUAUUUCCUGGCAUCCCUCCCUCUGCUACUGCCAGCUAAGGACCAGCCCGAAAGUAAGAUACCCCCAACCCCUUUCCCCUGGUAUUUUCCUCAGGUGGGAUAUCUCUGCUUUCUCCUGGAAACUGGGGGCUCCAUCUGCUAUUCCCGUGUGUGUGUCUAUGUGUGUGUUUAGGGGGAGAAGAGGAAACUGUUCUCUGUAUUGCUCUGUCCUAGGGCUUCCCUGGUGCUUGCUGAAUGUAAAGAGGCCCUUCGCCUGGCACUAGAGACACUUCCCAGGCAGGCACCUGUCGUUUGCCACCCCCGUUCUCCUAGAGCUCCCUCUCUCCCCCUCCCCCAGCCCAUUAUUCUGCUUCAGCCUUUUGUGUCGGUGGCAGAGGGCUGAAGGGAUGUCUCUGCCCUCUCUGCAGGCGGGUGUCAGGAUGCGCCGCGCUGCGAGAAGCCGACGCUAGCCAGAGAGGUGUGAAGAGUUGGCCAGAAUGACCAACUCUUCCACGUCCACUUCCUCCGCCACCGGGGGAUCGCUGUUGCUGCUCUGCGAGGAAGAGGAGUCGUGGGCGGGCCGGCGCAUCCCCGUGUCCCUCCUGUACUCAGGCCUGGCCAUCGGGGGCACGCUGGCCAACGGCAUGGUCAUCUAUCUCGUGUCGUCCUUCCGAAAGCUGCAGACUACGAGCAACGCCUUCAUCGUGAACGGCUGUGCCGCCGACCUCAGCGUCUGCGCCCUCUGGAUGCCGCAGGAGGCGGUGCUCGGGCUCCUGCCCGCGGGCUCUGCGGAGCCCCCUGGGGACUGGGACGGCGCCGGGGGGAGCUACCGCCUGCUGCGGGGCGGGCUGCUGGGCCUCGGGCUCACCGUGUCCCUCUUGUCCCACUGCCUGGUGGCCCUGAACCGCUACCUACUCAUCACCCGGGCGCCCGCCACCUACCAGGCGCUGUACCAGCGGCGCCACACGGCGGGCAUGCUGGCGCUGUCCUGGGCACUAGCCCUGGGCCUCGUGCUGCUGCUCCCGCCCUGGGCGCCGCGUCCCGGCGCCGCGCCCCCGCGCGUCCACUACCCGGCGCUGCUGGCCGCCGCGGCGCUGCUGGCGCAGACGGCGCUGCUGCUGCACUGCUACCUGGGCAUCGUGCGCCGCGUGCGCGUCAGCGUUAAGCGGGUCAGCGUCCUCAACUUCCACCUACUGCACCAGCUGCCCGGCUGCGCCGCCGCCGCCGCCUUCCCGGGAGCCCCUCACGCGCCAGGCCCGGGUGGUGCCGCGCACCCGGCUCAGGCCCAGCCGCUGCCCCCAGCGCUGCACCCGCGGCGGGCGCAGCGGCGUCUCAGCGGCCUGUCGGUGCUGCUGCUCUGCUGCGUCUUCUUGCUGGCCACGCAGCCGCUGGUGUGGGUGAGCCUGGCCAGCGGCUUCUCGCUGCCCGUGCCCUGGGGUGUGCAGGCGGCCAGCUGGCUCCUGUGCUGCGCUCUGUCCGCGCUCAACCCGCUGCUCUACACGUGGAGGAACGAGGAGUUCCGCCGCUCCGUGCGCUCCGUCCUGCCCGGCAUCGGCGACGCGGCGGCUGCUGCCGCCGCCGCCGCCACGGCUAUGCCUGCGGUGUCCCAGGCGCAGCUGGGCACUCGCGCCGCAGGCCAGCACUGGUGACCCGGGCAGGGCGGGCGGGAAGCGGAGAUUCCCAGCUUCCAUUGCCCUUGGGCACCACCG